GGGUGUGGUCGGAGAGAGCGAGCGCGAGCGGCUGUUCCGCCGUCACUGACUAACGGUCCAGCAGGAGCGGUGACUAAUACAGCUCAACGCCGCCGUUAUUAUUAAACCGAGUUACAGUCAUAACCCAAGGCCAUGAUUCAAUACUGAGGGGGCGACUCGGGUAAGAGCGACAGGAAACCCCUCCACCAUAACGAGUGCGGAGGGCCGGAGUCGCGGCCACUCAUUCUCAGAUCUGCUUCCUGAUAGUCUGUGGACAUUUGAUAUCAAGCCACAACAAUGAGUGAACUGGAACAGUUGCGGCAAGAAGCAGAACAAUUGCGGAAUCAAAUUAGGGAUGCAAGAAAAGCAUGUGGUGAUUCCACCUUAGCACAGAUCACAGCUGGGCUGGAUUCAGUUGGUCGAAUCCAAAUGCGUACAAGGCGAACAUUGAGGGGACAUUUGGCAAAAAUCUAUGCCAUGCAUUGGGGAUCAGACUCCAGACUUCUAGUUAGUGCAUCUCAAGAUGGAAAAUUAAUCAUCUGGGAUAGUUAUACAACAAAUAAAAUGCAUGCUAUCCCUUUGCGAUCAUCAUGGGUUAUGACUUGUGCAUAUGCUCCUUCUGGAAACUAUGUUGCUUGUGGUGGGCUGGACAACAUCUGUUCAAUAUACAGCUUGAAAACGAGGGAGGGCAAUGUUCGAGUGAGUAGGGAACUACCGGGGCAUACAGGUUACUUAUCGUGUUGUCGUUUUCUGGAUGAUAACCAAAUUGUAACAAGUUCAGGCGAUACCAGUUGUGCUUUAUGGGACAUUGAAACUGGCCAUCAAACUACCAUGUUCACAGGACACACUGGGGAUGUCAUGAGUCUCACACUUAGUCCUGACAUGCGCAUUUUUGUUUCCGGUGCUUGUGAUGCUUCUGCCAAACUCUGGGAUAUUAGAGAUGGAAUGUGCAGACAGUCAUUCACUGGACAUGUGUCUGAUAUUAAUGCAGUUUGUUUCUUCCCUAAUGGAAAUGCAUUUGCCACUGGAUCUGAUGAUGCCACUUGUAGGCUGUUUGACCUCCGAGCAGACCAGGAGCUGAUGAUGUAUUCCCAUGAUAAUAUUAUCUGUGGGAUCACAUCAGUUGCGUUUUCCAAAAGUGGUCGCCUUCUGUUGGCAGGCUAUGAUGACUUUAAUUGCAAUGUUUGGGACUCUUUGAAAGGAGAUCGUGCAGGCGUGCUUCCUGGACAUGACAAUCGUGUCAGUUGUUUAGGUAUCACUGAUGAUGGAAUGGCUGUAGCAACAGGAUCAUGGGACAGUUUCCUAAAGAUCUGGAAUUGAAGAAAUGUCACCUGAAUACCAUUCAUUGAGACUGGGCUGCCUAAGAUGCAGUUAAUGGCAAUGAAAUAACAUUCUUUUUAUCUAGUAUUUACAGGUGAUUUUUUUUCUAUCAUUGAAUACAGCUGUAUAACAAGGCUUCUGUAAAGUAGGCAAAUCUACCAGGAACAUAUCCUGACAACUGAGAAAUUUAAGAAGGGGCUAGUACUAAACUAUGUUGGCUCGAAAAAUAUUUCAAACUAACCAUUGUUUAGUUUUAAUGGCUGAAUUAUUUGGAAGGUUUAUUGGUUGCUCUAAAUCUGCUAACUGUAUUGUUUUGUACAUAUGGAAUGUACACAUUCUAGCAGCUAAUCAUGUAAAAAUCACAUUUUUAAAACUAGGUUUUUAGCCUGUUUUUUAACAUCACAGUUUGACUCCAGUGAUGGAUAAAUUGAUUGCUGUUGGCAUUUUAUUUCUUGUGAAUUAACUUAUUGUGAAAAUAACUUUGGUUGUAUGUAUGCACAAUUUUUGCUGCAGUUUUUAAAUUAUAAAAAACAUUCCACCUGUACGCUUUACUUUGUAAAUGCAUUUGCACUGUUUAACUGUACACAGAUGUUCAGCAGCAGGAUCCAUUGUUAAACUUACACAAUUUACAAGACGUUCAUGAACCAUUUGUGAUAACACUUAUCUGAUACAUUGCACCCAGAACAGAACACCCCCUCCCAAAAAAAUCACUAAUUUAUGGCGACUGCUACGGCAGCUCACAGGUCUCUGCGGGAUUUUUCUCACUAUAUCUGUGAAAGGUAGUAUCUAGACAUUGAUAGGUCAAAUGAAAUCACAAUUCCGCCUAAUACUCUGAAAUAGUACCAUUACACACAUGAUCAAGAGAUAAACUUUUUCUGCAUUCCUUCCUUCCAUCCAGCUACCACCCAAAAAAACUUUGUUUUCAACAAUGUGCAAUUGAAGUAGUACUUUCCCUGAUUCAUAUAGUGAAUUUAAUUGCUGAUCUGGGGAGUGGUUUCAAAAAUAAUUAUCAUCUUCCCUAAAUGUCAGUGUAUGUAGACUUCUUAAUGUAAUAAAUAGCCUUUCUCUCACAUGGCUUGAAUGACAAUUUAGGAGGAAAAUAGUUUCUUCAAUUACCAAAUCAUUUUGAAGCAUGAGUAAUUGCAACUGAACAUGAAGCCUGUAGUUUACAUUGCAAUUUAUUGGCUUUGCUUCAAAAUCAAUUGCAAGAGAAGUUCUAAGGGUCACUCAACGCAAAACAUUAACUAAUUUCUCUCCACAGAUACUACCAGACCUGCUGAGUUUUUCCAACAAUUACUAUUUUUGUCUGAUUUACAACAUCCACAGUUCUGUUUUUAUCAGUUUUGAAUUGUGGUUUUAGAAUGUCAUGACUAGCCCCGUCUUAUGUAAUCUGAAAGAUAUAAACUACAUAAAUCUAGUAGCUUUCUUUACUAAAGAUACGGUGUUAUUGGUGCAUCAAUAUAACAAAGUGCAUUGUUUUGAAGUCAGUUUUAAAGCUUUGGGACCAACAAACACUAAACAGGUUUAUGCAGAAGUAAUCCGCUUCCUCCAAUACAGCAGCUUUGGACGAACUUUUCUUUUACGAAUAUCAAUAAUUUGUGCUGUUCCUUAAAGUCAGGCCAGUAUUAUCUUUUGCAGGUGCAUUGAAAAUUUAAAUUGCCUUUAGACAAGUUUAUUGUAAUAACUUUCAAUUCAGUAAAGACCCUAAUCAUUUCCAUCAUGAUAAAUAUUUUGUAUAGAUACACGUAUUUAAUCCAUAUUACCUGGAAGAGCUGAGUUUGAAAGCAUUAUGUAAUUAAUUUGGACAACAAGAUGAAGCAUUUAGUUUUAAAUUGUUUAAAUGUUGUGAAGCAUUUGAUUAAAAUCAAUGUGUCAUAGAUUCAAGUAUAGAACUUCAGCUUGAAGUGUAUUUUUUGACCUGGAGGUUUUCAAAUAGGCUUUUAACUUUUAAAAUUACUAUAAAUUAUUAGCCAUACUUUGAAAUAAAUAAUUACUUAACUCUGAGUAUUAUAUAUACACUAUAGCCCAAGUAUAAAACCAACUUAAUGGCUUAAGUAAUCAGUGUCAUGCCUUUUGGUUUUUGAAGUCUGUAGUCUAGCAAAUUGCACAGCUAAUGAUUGCUUGGCUUAACUUGUCUAGGAUGAUCUAUGGCUUUGCACGUGGGUUUGUAUGCCCUGCAGCGAAUGGUGCAAAUGCAAGCUUGGUGAGUGAGCAAUUAAGUUUGAAUCAGUUUAACAUUAAAUAUUGAAAAACGUGGGUAUUGCCAAUUUAGAUAUCCACCUUGAAAGUGGAAAUGUGCACUUAUGAUUUUGAUUGCAAUGCAUAAACUUUAGUUUAAGUGCAUUGCUUUGGGGGACAUCUGGAGAUUCAGGAUAGAAAUUAUAUCGUGGAUCCAAUUAGUUGUACUCUGAAGCAAACCAACAAAAACAAUGCCCUGAGCCUUCCAGAGUGGAUAUCUACAGUGUAAAAUAAUGUCUGGAAUAUACAUGCAGUUUUGUGUAACUUGCUAUCAAAUUCAGUAGUAAAAUUUAUUGGUCUGAAGUGCAAAACCAGUUGUUCAGCCUGUAUAAUACAGAACUUUAGGUGUUUAAACAUUUUUCUCUGGUUACAGUAUUAACACCAAUUUUGUAAUACUGGACUGCCUUUGGAUUUUGUAUCAAAAUAAGAAUAUUAAGUUUUCUUGGCAGCCAAUAAAACCAGCAACUUGUGCCAUGUGUUUUCUCCUAUUGUGCUACUGUAUAAAAUGAAAUUAUCUUCACUUUGUAUCUUUAUCGUCUGAUUCACAUCAAAUUCCUUUGUAUUUGUACAGUGGCUCAGUGAAACUAAUGUUGCGAUAAAUUGAUUG